AUGAUUCAUGAAGCUUUGGUCAAGCGUGGAACAGUUUUCUCUAAACGUCCGAAAAAUCAACAGCGAGGGCCCGACCACGUUGCAAUUGUAUUUGGAAAUGGUGCAUCCUGGAAGGAACUUAGAAAAUUUAUCUCGCAUACCUUUCAUCAUCUUUGUUUUAGAAAAACUGGAUAUACCUUGGAGGCAAGAAUAACUGAAGAACUGACCUAUUUUACUAAGAAACUUAUGACUUUUAACAACAAAAACGUAAACAUAUCGCAUAUUGUUACUUUAAGUUUGACAAAUGUAAUCUACAGCAUUUUACACGGACGACGCGCAGGAUACGAUGAUGCUAAAUUAAAAUUGUAUCUUGAAAAACAAACUGAAGGAUUUAAGGUCCAUGUCAGAACACAAGUAUUGAAUGCUUGCUUCCCGUUUCUUCACUACCUGCCAGGAGACUUACUCAAUGAAAAAGUUAGAGAUACAGCUAUAAAACGAAUUGUGAAAUACUUUGACGACAUAUGUCGCUAUCACUAUGAAAACUAUAAACUGGGUGACGAUAAUUGUUUUCUUGACCUUUGGAUUGCAGCGAAGGAAAAUAAUGAUUUAUUCCGAAAAGUAAAUCUGUGGGCUGUUUUGAACGAUCUAAUGGCUGCUGGAAGUGAAACAACAGCAACAACAAUGAAGUGGGUCAUAAUAGCUCUUGCGAAAAAUCCUUAUAUCCAGAAAAAGUUGCAGAGAAAAGUAGACGAAGUUAUUGACAAAGGCAAGUCGCCCUCUAUAUCAGACAAAAUGAAUCUACCUUACGUUGAGGCGACAAUCUUAGAAGCUCUUCGAUUUGGUAGCGCUGUACCACUUUCAGUACCACACGCCGUGCUACAUGAUACCAUUUUCAAAGGUUACAAAAUACCCAAAGAAGCUACAAUUUUACCAAACAUUUUCUCUGUACACUUUGAUCCCGAUAUUUUUCCAGAACCAGAUGCUUUCAGACCUGAAAGAUUCCUUGAUGAGGCAGAGGCCUCAAUCAUUCGGUCUGAAAAACUCAUUCCCUUUUCACUUGGGCCUAGGUCGUGCCUUGGUGAAACUCUUGCGCGUAUGGAGCUGUUCUUGUAUGUUACUACGCUUGUGCAAAAACUAGAAUUUCGAGCUCCAGAUGACGUUGAGUUACCGUCGUUAAAGGGAGUUUUUGGACUCACUCGAAGACCACAAGAGUUCAAAGUGAAAAUUCGUAUCAGAUAA